AUGUUGGUCAUUGACACUUCAUAUAAUGACAAAGCUCUGAUUGGGUCUCUGGUCUUCCUCAUCAUCCUCACGUCUGUGGCUCUGCUUUUCUACAAGAUUUACAUUCGGAAGUGCAGAAAGUCCCAUGACUUGAGCGAAAACAUAAUGCUCAUUUCGACAACAAAUGAUGAGGAGAACCUGAUGCCUGUUGAGCCAAUUGCAGCAGAGGUCCUGCUGGAAGCCUACAAGAGGAAGCUUGCUGAUGAGGGAAGACUUUUCCUGGCUGAGUUUCAGAGCAUCCCCAGAAUUUUCUCGAGGUACAGCGUGAAAGAGGCCAAAAAGCCCUGCAAUGUCCCCAAGAACCGCUACGUGGACAUCCUGCCAUAUGAUUAUAACCGCGUGCAGCUGACCACAGGAAAUGGAGAAGCAGGAUGUGACUACAUCAAUGCCAGCUUCAUUGAUGGAUACAAGGAAUCCAAGAAGUACAUUGCAGCUCAAGGACCAAAGGAGGAAACUGUGAGUGACUUCUGGAGGAUGGUCUGGGAGCAGCAGUCCUCUAUCAUUGUCAUGGUAACGCGCUGUGAAGAGGGAAACAGGGUGAAGUGUGCGCAGUACUGGCCAUCUCCAGAUCGAGAGACGGAGAUCUUUGAGGAGUUUAUUGUGAAGCUGAACUCAGAAGACUACUGCCCAGAUUACACCAUCCGCCAUCUCAGCCUAACUAAUAAGAGGGAGAAGAACUCAGAGAGGGAGGUGACCCACAUUCAGUUCAUGAGUUGGCCAGACCACGGAGUCCCAGGGGAGCCACAUCUUCUCCUGAAACUGAGGCGGCGUGUCAAUGCUUUCAAGAAUUUCUUCAGUGGCCCCAUAGUCGUUCAUUGCAGUGCGGGAGUCGGCAGGACGGGCACCUACAUUGGCAUUGAUGCCAUGAUGGAGGGUCUGGAGGCAGAGGGCAGAGUGGACAUCUACGGUUAUGUAGUCAGACUGCGCAGACAGAGAUGUCUAAUGGUUCAAGUAGAGGCCCAGUACAUCCUGAUUCACCAGGCGCUGAUUGAGCACAAUCAGUUUGGAGAGACUGAGAUCACCCUGCCUGAGCUCCACAGCACACUGAGCACGCUCAAACAGAACAACUCAGGCAACGAACCUACGUUAAUGGAGGAGGAGUUUGAGAGAAUCCCCACCUUUAAAAACUGGAGGACAUUCAACACUGGGAUCACAGAAGAAAACAAGAAGAAGAAUCGCUCUUCAUAUGCCAUCCCAUAUGACUUCAACCGGGUGUUGCUGAAGCUUGAUGAAGGACACAGUCGUGAUAGUGAACCUGAUGAGGAUGAUGAGGAAGAGUCAUCAGAUGAGGAGGAUGAGGAAUCCACAAAGUACAUCAAUGCCUCCCACAUAGAUGGUUACUGGGGCCCACGCACCUUCAUCGCAGCACAGACGCCACUGCCAGACACCAUGGCUGACUUCUGGUCGAUGGUUUACCAGAAGAAAGCAUCUACUAUUGUUAUGUUGUCAAACUGCAGUGAGGGAGACAAGGAGUCUGACUGUGUCUACUGGGAUAAAGAUAAGAAAUCAUUUGGAGAGUUUGAGGUGGAGGUGGCAAGCACAGACACCUCCCCAACUUUUAUCACCCGCAACAUGCUGAUCCGUCAUGUCAAGAGGAAAGAGAGUCGGCCGGUGAAACACUUCCAGUUCCUGAAGUGGACGAGCGAAGAGCUGCCGGAGAAACCUCAAGAUCUCACAGACAUGAUCAAGGACAUCAAGCGCAGCUGUGGCAGCAGCAAAUCACAGAGGAACAUACCCAUCGUGGUCCACUGCAAUAAUGGCUCGACCCGUUCAGGGAUUUUCUGUGCUCUGUGGAACCUGCUGGACAGCGCUGAAACUGAGAAGCUGGUAGAUGUUUUCCAGGUGACCAAAACCCUGCGCAAGGAGCGACAGGGCAUGUUGCCGAGCCUGGAGCAGUACCAGUUCUUGUACGACGCAAUGGAGGGUGUCUUCCCUGUCCAGAAUGGGGAAGUGAAACCAGUACAGGCCUCUGCAGCCGACUCUGUCCAGAUUGUCAAUGAAACCAAAGCAGCAGUGCAGCCAGCUGAAGAGAAGGCUGAGCAGCCAGCUGAAGAGAAGGCUGAGCAGCCAGCCAGCACUACCAGCAAAGAACAGCAGGAGGCAGCAGAGAGUGCUCCUCUUGUGGCUGAUGGAGGGAAGGAAGACAAAGAAGAGGAACCUGAAAAAGUUUCCACAGAAACAACACCACUGGAGGACAAAAGCAACGGUCCCACUGUCACUGUGGUCUGAGAGGGGUUGCAGGGGUUUUGAAAAUAAUUGCUUCAGCUGAAUGCUUUCUUUUAAUAUACUUUAUGAAUGUAUAAACAUUGUAAAAGUUUAACACAGUGUGGUUUUGGUUGAAAUUUGUUAAAGAAUUUGGAUCAAAUGUUUUAAUGUCAAUUUCCAAAACUAUGAAUUAAACUAAGUUAUAAAUAUUUUAGUAGUAAAAGUAUUAGGAUGCAAAUAUAUUAUAAUUUCUGUGAGCAAAGUUUACUGGAUGCUGUUGUCAAACUAGGAACCUUGAAUUUACUGUAUAGUUAGAUAUCUAAGAACUAAAUUUUAAAUAUACAGCAGAUGUUGUUUCAUAACCCUUUAUAUUUUAGUUAGUUUAUGUAUUAAUUUUCUUGCUAAAUAAUGAUGAUGCUAUAGUCUACAUUUAUAUAUAUCUGAUAUAGCUGUUAUUCAAAAUAAGUUCAAAAUUUGUUAUGUGACACUGUGACAUUUCAUUAAAAGACUUACAAAGAAAAA